AACCGUUACCUUAUGGUAAAACUCACAGGCAAACUAUAAAACGUUCAACCGCUCUCACUUUUAUUCUGAGAUGAAAUGAUAGUUAUAUGGCAAACCGUAAUUGAGAAAUACAUGAGAAAAAACUAUUAGUACGGACUCAGUUAAUCUGCGAAAGAGAUGUGUCUCAAAAGAAAACUUGCCCAAAAAUCCGACAGUGUAACAUUGUGACUAGCGAAAAUGAGACCUAUUUCGAUAAGGGAACAGAGAGCUGAAUUUGCUGUGUACAUCGUCUGAAUUUACUACCUGACUCUUUAUUCAUACUGAUUUUUCCUUUCCAGAUAGAGAUUAUAACAUGACAAAAGCAUUGUCUGCUUGACGAACGCAUUAAAAUUUGAUUGCACUAUGUUCUCGAAGAAAAGUCCGAGUAAAACACAGUGGAAUCAAUCGUUGAUAACAAAACGGUGACUGGAAAAAUGUGGAACUAGCAGCAUUAUUGGACACCAUCAAGAUGAUCGUCCGAACGGGUGGUCAAAUAGGUCCAAAAAACGACAAUGACCGGACGCCGUUGCCCUGCGCAAAGUGGCACUUUGCGGACCUCAGUCAUACCCGCAGACAGGGCGUCGUGUUUCGCUACCGGAUAUGUUGUUUAAGAUGGGCAUCUGGACGGUCGUCUUGGUGGUGUCCGAUAAUGUUGAUUUGAAAUAAUUAAAACGCGACAGGUGUGUAGUCACAACACUAGUCCAGACAGGCGUCCUCACCAGUCUUUUUCUGCGGCGUCCGGACGUCGUCAUCCAGUCCAAAAGUGGCACUUUGCCCCCACCUUUUUUGGCCUAGGUCACCCAUCCGAGGCCAAAAACGGACCCCACUUUUUAGCCGUCUUUUGUUUACCUGGGUUGCCAAAAUCAGACAUCACAACUGGUUCUGUGCUUUUUUAAACUGAAGCACCAAACAUGCUAGCCGUUUAAGUCGAUUAGAAAAGUACAGGUGGGACAAACGUGUCAAAAAACUUAGCUUUUAUUAUCAAUUUCGACGACUGUAGAUGUUUUUUAAAACAACCACAACUUGUGUAUCGCAGUAGGUACAUAGUCUAUGUGCUAGUAUUUUGAGUGGUGUCCAGAGGGACAAAUUUAAAAUCCCUGUUAAAAUUUCUGUUGCACUCAGUAGACCAUCCGAAAUUAGAUAUCCUAAAUGGAUGACCAUUAUUAAUUGAUACAGUACUUAAAAUACCUCAAACUGAACAUUCAAAAACACAAAUGUUAAAUGAAUGUCGUUUGUAUUACAAAGAUGAUGUGACUGAGCAACAAAAAAUCGAUGAUUUUGAAACGAACUAUUCAGCUAAAAAUGCAAUUCGAUGGUACACAAGAGAUUGUUUUGUUUAUCGAUUAUUAAAUAAAGCAUUUCGAACCCAAAAUAUUGAAAUUAUAUUCAAAUUUCGUUUUUUUCUUACUGAUUUAUACAAUCAAUUAAAUGAAUUAUAUCAUGAAUAUACAAGCAUGUUAUCAUCGAUUGAUUAUACAAUACUUACACUGUAUCGAGGACAACAUUUGUCGAUAGACGAAUUCAAAAAAGUAAAAAAUAAUAUAGGUGGAAAAUUAUCAAUGAAUACGUUUUUAUCAACUACAAUUGAUAAAUAUGUUGCUCUCGUUUAUGCUGGUAAUGGUUCAAAACGACCUUUGAAUGAAUCUGUUUUAUUUGAAAUGACAAUCGAUACAACUGUUAUUACAGAAAAACGUUUUGCAGAUAUUGGUGGACAUAGUUAUUUCGAAUCGGAAAACGAAAUUUUAAUUUCAUUUGGUUCUGUAUAUCGUAUUGAUUCUGUUGAAGAGAUAAAUGGAGGACCAGUUUGGAUUGUGAAACUAACAUUUAUCAGUGAAGAAAAUGAACGAUUUUGUAAUUUAUUGCCAAUACCCACCACCACCGACGACUUUCAUGAAACACCCGAUCUUAUAUUCAUUGGAAAUAUUUUAAUCGAAAUGGGACAAUAUCAGAAAGCUGAACGCUUUUAUAAGAUGGUGUUAAAUGAACUUCUUCCAAACGAUAGCAAUAUUUUGGAAGUGUACAAUAAUCUAGCCAUAGUUUACAUGGGUUAUGGAGAUACGGUAACAGCCUUGUCAAUGGCAGAAAAAGCACUUGAAUGGAUCGAAAAAUAUACAUCCUCUCAAAGCAAACAAGCAACAAAUUUAUUAACAAUGACUUACCUUUAUCUCGGAACUAUCCACUCUGAAAAUAAUAAUCAUGAUACUGCUCUAGGAUACUAUCGGAAAUGUUUGACCUAUCCACAAGAUAACAAAUCCGUGCUUUCAAGUAUAUAUGAUGGAAUUGCGGGCGAAUAUAGACAUCUUGAAAAUCUGGAUUUAGCAUUGAAAAAUCAACAAAAAUGUUUUGAACUUGCCUGUGAAAUCUUUCCAGAAAAUCAUCCGAACAUUGGACAAUAUCAUAUAAAUCUAGGUUACAUCUAUUUAAAACAUGGUGAUCAUAAUGACUUAGGAUUUGAACAUUUACAGAAAGGUCAGAAAAUUAUUGAAGAAUACUAUCCUAUUACACAUCCUCAACUUGCAUUAACGUAUUAUAAUCUUGGUUUUAUUUAUGGUCUUUUAUAUAAUAUCAAUUUAGCCUAUGAUUAUUUUGCAAAAGCAUUAGACUAUGGAUUAAAAUCAUUAAAUUCUGAUCAUCCAAGAAUCAAACUUUAUCGUGAAAGUGUUUCAACAGCGAAAAGAUUAUUAAUUAUGACAAAUUUUGAAAUGAUGUAUUACAUUAAAAUAAAUCAUCCUGAACUUGCAGCGGAUUUUGGUGAAGAUGCACUUGAAAAGGCCAGUCUAAUGCCAACUCAAACUACCAUGCAAGAUCUUUCUAAUAUUAUCCAUAUUAAUCCUGAUCACGAAAAGCCUCAGAUAUUUCAUUUGAAUUAG